CACACUCAGGUGGAAGAUGGAGCAACAGCAGAAGAGGACGGCAGGGACUGCAGCCUGCGAGCCACAGAUUUGGCUCAACUCUGUGAAUAAGAAAAAUAAAGCUGAACUUCUGGAAUGGCUUGAAAGCGCUAAUGUUAAACUUGUGCAAAUCAAUGGACAGAGGACCUAUGGUGGACCUCCACCAGGUUGGGUUGGAGACGCCCCUCCAUUUGGCUCGGAGAUCUUUAUUGGCAAUCUACCCCAAGAGGUCUAUGAGCAUGUAUUAAUACCGCUCUUCCAAAGGGUGGGAAAACUCUAUGAAUUCCGUUUAAUGAUGACCUUCAGUGGCCUCAACCGUGGCUUUGCAUAUGCACGUUAUCCUACAAAACGUGUUGCUGACCUGGCCAUUGCCCACUUGAACGGCCAUGAGAUUCAGCCAGGUUUUAAGAUAGUGGUGUGUCGAAGCACUGAAAAGAGCGAGCUGAAACUAGACGGCUUGCCAGGGUUCGUGGAUAAAGCUUCUCUAGAGCGCAUCCUGGGAGGAAUGACCACUGGUGUACGUGCGGUGUACCUCUAUGCCAGCCCCACCUCCAACACGAAAAAUAUGGCUGUGGUGAAAUACAACUCUCACAGGGAGGCUGCAUUGGCAAAGAAAAGUCUGUGUGAAGGUGUCCAGGUUCUGUAUGGCUGUCCUUUCACUGUAGACUGGCUUCAGCAAUCCAUGAAACAGAAGCUUCAUGCUGGCACCCUGCCAAAACCCAAUUCAUACCUUCCUCAAGUAUGUCAGUAUGACAAUGUCAAGGAAGAGAAAUUUGCACCCAACGCUGUCCAGCACCUUCACUUGUUCUGUGAAAAAUUGAAGCUGGGGCAGCCCGUCUACCAGAUAAAAUUCCUGGGCCAUGGCACAUUUGGGUGGCUCAGGUUUUGGUAUAAGGUGGUUAUACCAGGACAUGACGUGCCUUUCACUGGCUAUUCCUGGCUGGUUGGAGACAAGCUUAUUCCUACAGAAAAGUACCAGCAGGCCAAGGAGAUGGUGGCCUUGCGCAUACUGAAGGAAUUGGGAUUGAUCGUUGAAUAGUCGGCUCUUAUGCUGAAGAUCCUUCAUUGUUUUUACGUUUGUUUUAUAUGCAGCAUCUUGUAUUAUGAAAAACUCAUCUCCCAUGUAUCACUCUAUGAAUGUCCUUUAAUUUAUGUCUUCUAUAUUACUUUAUCAGUCACUGCGCCUUGACAUGACCCUUCCAAUCACUCUGAUAUGCAGGUGGGGUAACGUUCCCAACAGGGAAAACAUUGGUUUUGGGGAGUAAUUCACAAUGUGCCACUUUCUAUGCAGUGUUUCCAUGCAUCUUUUUUGUUACAUCACACAUAGUACUUUGCUUUUAACUUCACCACUAUUGGGGUGUAUUCACGUUCAGAUAUGUUACUAUGUCCACAGCUGUUCAGCUCCUUGGCAUGAGGUUAGGAAUAAUCCAUGUUAGCCACUUGGGGCCCAUUCACACCAUGGAAUGUUGGCAGAUUCAGCUUGCAGCAGACUAUUGAUCGAACUACAGAAGUUCUGUAGCGGAACUUCUGAAAUGGCAUUGGAUUCCACCUGAAGAUUAAAAAAGUUGGUGUAAUCCUACAUAAGUGGGGUGCUCCACUGUUCGGAACAUUUAGUUCCGAACGCUGUGUGCAUGCUGCGGGUGUCAGCCCUGCCCCCUAGUGACGCCCCGGCCCCUCCCAUAGACUUGCAUUGAGGGGUCAGUGACGUCACGAGGGGGCAGGGCCGACACCCGCAUCACACACCACGUUCGGAACUAAAUGUUCCGAACACUGGCCAUAAAAUUACCCCUUUAAUUCCUUACACUACACUGGCCAUACAAGAUUCUGGUGGGAAUUGAGCAAUUGCAGAUUUCAGAGGAGGCUGCUGGAAGUCAAAUCCACAAAGAAUUUCCAUAGUGUGAAUGGGCCCUUUAAAAGGGGUAUUACAGAGCUUUAGAUCACCUAGUGCCAGGAUCUUAUCACAGAUUUUGUUUUCGUUUUUUGAAGUUUGUAUUUUUGCACAUCAUGUAACAGCACUUCUCUUUUCUUGUAGUUUGUAGAUAAUUUGUUUAAAGUUUUAUAAUAAGUGACUUUUGUAAAUUUUUAUAAAAGUUUUGCAG